ACUUGUGGGACUGUGCUUAUCUCUACAGGAUUGACAACAAGUUGUUCACAGCUGAAAAACACAAAAAGUCCCCCUCCAUGACAACUGAGAGUGGCUGCCCUGAGGGACCGGUGGCUGCCUUCAAAGGUGAUUCACCAGCGCCGCUGCAGUGCACAGUGCAAAAAGAUGACACUGAUGUCAAACUUGAAAAGCUCCACAUGCCCAAAGAAAACAAAAAGGCUUCAUUAUCCUUCUUUCCUGAGCAGACAACUGAAUCUUCAUACAAGUUCAGGUGUCCCGGUCCAGGUGUGUUCCAGUGUGCUUUGACUGGACUGGUGUUUGUUUUGACUCAGGAGGCGGAGCUUCAGUACAACACUGUCAUAUGGGACGAGAGCCUCCUCCAAUCAGCUGGCAGGACGGCUGCAGGGCCGCUGUUCAGAAUCGAGAGUUCAGAUGAUGAUGCUGUCUGUCAACUCCACCUGCCACACUGUGAAACAGAGGAAGCGUUGCGUGUUGACGGCCUGUUGUCUGUCGUCCACAUCACUGAUGAUGGAAUGAGCUUCUUGGAGCCGCUGGAGGUCUCAGACACUCAUGUGAUUGUGAAGGUUCCUCACCUCUCUGCCUUUGGUCUGGUCUGGGAUUUAGUUAGAAGGUUCCUGAACAUCUCAGUGCCAAUAGAUGGUCAAGUUCUGCUGUUCCUCCGGCCUCUGAACACAGAGUAUCGAGUACUCGAUGUGUUACUGCUGCCUGACAACGUCCUUAUAGAUGAGGUUAAAAAGAAACAGCGAGGUUCUGAGCAUGUCAGACUCUCUUCCGACUGUCUUCUCAGCUUUGAUCAAAGUUACAGUGUCCACUGUGAACCUGAGGGCCUCGAGAUACAGCCUGAGAGUGCAAGAUUUCGCUUGAAGUAUGGACCAAAUUACCAUCCAACAUUUGAAGUUUUCCUGGCUACAAUCCCAGAAACAUUGACUUUGACUCUCCAGGACCAAGAGAGGAGAGAAGUCUGGAAACGUAAUGUUCGUCUGACAGGUCCAACAAGCAAUAUCGGAGCACAGGACAUCGUCCCACCUGAGGACAUCGUCCCACAAGAGGACAUCGUCCCACCAGAGGGGGGGCUGUUGCUAGUUCGGACACAGUUUGUUAACAGAGUGUCCAAUUCUGUUCUGGACCAGCUCCUGGAUAAACUCCUUGAGAGUCAGGUUAUAAAUGAUGGUGAAAUGCAGUCAUUCAGAGCGAAAGGCCAAGCAGACAAAGCACGAGACGUGAUCGACUUGGUGCAAAGAAAAGGAACUGCAGCCAGCUCAGUCCUGAUUGAUGCUCUCCGUGAGUUGGAUCCACACCUUUCCAGAGUGCUGAAAUUAAACUGAAGCAAAAGCAAGAAAAUGUGGAGGGAAGUCUGGUGUAGGAAACAAUGGAUUAGGACUCGACUUGUGGGGCUCCUGCAAUAAUUUAGAAAAGAACCCAACUCCAGGAUCACUUUUUUUCUUGUGCAACUUUAAACUAAUACUUGAACUUGGACUUCUUGCUGAUAGUGGACCAAGACCAGGCGAUGAAAUCCCAUCUGAAUGGAGCAUCCUAACAAACAUUGUAGGUAAAAAGGAAGACUUUCUUUCCACCUGCAUCAACAACAUUAUCACACUCCAGCCUCAAGUGGAAAGCCUGUCAGCGGACCUGGUAAGAGUAGGUAAAUAAUACAAUAUGCACCAGUAUGAUGCUCAUCGGUGUACUCAGGGACUCAGGCACCUCCUCCGCUGUUUCCACUCUGCUCAAGUUGGUUUGAGCCCCUUUGGGACCGCACUGGUUGCAUGGCCAGUACAUUUAAUACAACUUUGAUCAUGUCAGAGAACUGAGAAAAUAAAAUAAAGCUGUAAUGUAAUGCUACCUUUCAAUUAAAGAUAUGGAGUCAGUGUAAGUACCAGGAGGGAGGGGUCAGGGUUGUUUAAUAUUCUACUCUCCAUAAAUGGUUUGUGUUUUCUUCUUGUUGUUUUUCCCCCUUUUCAUGUUUUCUCACCUUCAGGGGUAGUCAGGUUCCUUUUCUACACAUUGCUACUUAAUGAAUUGCCAAGACUAAUUCAGAAGCCCCAAAUAUUGGCUCUUGAAACACAUGUUGUUUCACAUAUUGACUGUAUGGGGAGACCUUUUAAUAGAUUGUUAGUAUUUGCUAAUUUGAAACAAAUGAAAACUGUCUUGAAUCCAGACUAAAAUGUCCCCUGGUUUCACAUUCCAACUCUUAAUCUAGAUUGGUUGGCAUUUCUCAUGUUUAUAUCCCCAAUUUUUAUGACCCACGAUUUGAAUGAAAUAACUUCCUGAUGUUUGGAGGGGACAUUAACUGUGUAAUUGAUCCCAGUCUAGACCGCUCCAAUGCCUGAACCAUAACAACAUCAGUAAUGUUGAGAUACAUCUCUGACCUGAAUUCUUCUACACCAGCCCUUAUAUUGUUCCUUCAGAGAUAUGGCAUAUUUUUAAAAUAAAAUAUUUCGAAAAAUUAAUACAAUCCUAUGCUUCUUCAAUACCAUGUGAAAAAUAUGUCUGAUAACUAUUGGGUUUCCACUAUAACCGAUACAACUCAAAACAGCUUUACAAUCUUCCCCUUCACAGGAGAAAAAACACAAUUCCUGAUAUUCAGAUCUCGUUUUAAUUGUCGUGUGAUGUAAAUCUCCACUAAGGACAGAGGGUGUCGUACCAUGUACAGUCUGUGAAGCCCUUCGAGGCAAAUCUGUGAUUUGUGAUUUUGGGCUAUAUAAAUAAAAUUGAUUUGAUUUGAAUCCAGCUCCUCUGAAUAUAAAUGUCCUGCAUGUUAGUGUUAAUGAAGCCUGUUUUUCUAAUGACUCACCUUGAUUUCCAGAGUUUUAUUUCUGUCUGAGGAAGUGUGGCUCUUUUCACCGUGCUGCUGGACUCAC